UUCACAUUGAAUGAGAAGGUGUGUCCAAACUUUUGGCCUGUACUGUACAUGCUUCUGUUACUGUUGCAGUUAUGUGUGGAAGAGGAAGUGUCUCAGUCAGAGGACACUGACUCAUUAUUUUUAUUUAUUUUUUAAUUUAUUUGACAGGGACAAUGCACCACUUCUUAGCAGUACCAGAAGUAGCUAUGAGCUCGUUUUCAUCUGUAGUCCCAGGGCAGGAAACCCUGGAGUAUAAAAAUGCUGACACAACAGUAAAGGACAACUCUCUCAGUUACUCACUACUUUCUCAACUAUCAUAUGUAUUCAUGUCCUACAUUUCCCCUCAGACCAGAGGCUUUAAAGGCCCAUUAGUGAAUUUGUUGUCUUUAUCUCUGCAGGUUUUCAACACAUAUGAAUAUAAAUGUAAAGAGGAGAGUCAUUGUUUUCUAGAAUAUUAAAGCGUACAACAUUAAAACAGUUCUGUAACUUCUGUUAUUAUUCUUUGACUCACUUCUGUUUGAGGGAGAAUGCUGUAUGGAAACUACAGUUCCCAUAAUGCUUUGGGGGAGUGUGCUGAAUGAUCAUUGAUCAGCUCAGCGAUCUGUGUCUCUGCUGCAGCUCUGACCGUGUGCUGAGCAUGGUUUUAUGUGUAACUCAAAUGUUGUUUAGUAGCGGGGAAGUGUGUCAAUGUGUGUGUUGGUGGCUCCACCUAGUGGACUGAUAGUAGAACUACAGCAGCUUCCUCUGACUGCAUUCAACUGAUGAAAAAGAGACAAGCCGAGCCAAUGAGUGGAGGAGCAGCAGGAGAAAUGAUGAUGGGUUUCCUCUCCAGAUGAAAUGAUGAAUUCAGCAGCAUGGAUCAGUGUGAAGACAGAAAAACUGCUCAGUGGGAGGAACAGAACAGCCAGACCAAAGCUCAGAGCCCAGAGAAGCAGCACAGACCUGGAUCUGAAUCUGAAUCUGAACCUGAACCCAGCUGUGUGUCCAUUAAGAGUGACCAGUCUAUGGAGCCACCGCUGAUUUUUAAAGACCAAGCUUCACCAACAGCAGAGACCCUCCUUGGACUGGACUCUGAUAAAUCGGAAGCUGAACAUGAACCCAGCUGUGUGUCCAUGAAGAGUGACCAGUCAAAUGACUUCCUCAUUGAUUUUAAAGGACAACAAUCCUCUGGUGCACAGAGAGUGAACCAGGAGAGAUCAGAGGUUCCCAUUGGUCAGUCUGCCCAGCAGCAUCAAACACACCUGGACUCCAUAUGUAUGCUGCUGGAGGAGAACAUUGUCACUUUUGUGAAGAAUGAGCUGAAAAAGAUCCAGAAGCUUCUUAGUCCAGAUUACCCAGAAUGCUCAGAGAGUCAAAGGGAGGAUGAGGAGGUGUUGGACGGUGAGGAUAAAGAGCAGAGGAGGAGCAGCAGAGAGGCAUUUAUGAUGAUCACACUGCACUUCCUGAGGAGAAUGAAGCAGGACAAGCUGGCUGACCUUCUGCAGAGCAGAAGUCAUUCUGUGGUUUAUCAGAAUAAACUCAAGUUUAACCAGAAGAAGAAGUUCCAGUGUGUAUUUGAGGGGAUUGCUAAAGCAGGAAACCCAACCGUUCUGAAUCAGAUGUACACAGAGAUCUACAUUACAGAGGAAGGGACUGCAGGGGUCAAUGAUGAACAUGAGGUCAGACAGAUUGAAACAGCAUCCAGGAAACCACACAGACCAGUAACCGCAAUCAGACAAGAAGACAUCUUUAAAGCCUCACCUGGAAGAGAAGAACCAAUCAGAACAGUGAUGACAAAGGGAGUGGCUGGCAUCGGGAAAACAGUCUUAACACAGAAGUUCACUCUGGAUUGGGCUCAAGACAAAGCCAACCAGGACAUCCAGUUCAUAUUUCCAUUCACCUUCAGAGAGCUGAAUGUGCUGAAAGAGAGAAAGUACAGCUUGGUGGAACUUGUUGAUUACUUCUAUAGUGAAACCAAAGAAGCAGGAAUCCGCAGGUUUGAAAAGUUCCCGGUUGUGUUCAUCUUUGAUGGUCUGGAUGAGUGUCGACUUCCUCUUGACUUCCUCAACACUAAAAUCCUGACUGAUGUUACAAAGUCCACCUCAGUGGGUGUGCUGCUGACAAACCUCAUCAGGGGGAAUCUGCUUCCCUCUGCUCACCUCUGGAUAACCACACGACCUGCUGCAGCCAAUCAGAUCCCUCCUGAUUGUGUUGACAUGAUGACAGAGAUCAGAGGGUUCACUGAUGCCCAGAAGGAGGAGUACUUCAGGAAGAGAUUCAGAGAUGAGAAGCAGGCCAACAGAAUCAUCACCCACAUCAAGACAUCGCGAAGCCUCCACAUCAUGUGCCACAUCCCAAUCUUCUGCUGGAUCACUGCUACAGUUCUGGAGAAUGUAUUGAAGACCAGAGAGAAAGGAGAACUGCCCAAGACCCUGACUGAGAUGUACAUCCACUUCCUGGUGGUUCAGUCCAAGGUGAAGAACAUCAAGUAUGAUGGAGGAGCUGAGACAGAUUCACCCUGGAGUCCAAAGAGCAGGGAGAUGAUGGAGUCUCUGGGAAAACUGGCUUUUGAGCAGCUGCAGAAAGGCAACCUGAUCUUCUAUGAAUCAGACCUGACAGAGUGUGGCAUUGAUAUCACAGCAGCCUCAGUGUACUCAGGAGUGUUCACACAGAUCUUUAAAGAGGAGAGAGGACUGUACCAGGACAAGGUGUUCUGCUUCGUCCAUCUGAGUGUUCAGGAGUUUCUGGCUGCUCUGCAUGUCCAUCUGUCAUUCAUCAACUCUGGAGUCAACCUGUUGUCAGAAGAACAAACAACAUCAACACAGUUCUACCAGAGUGCUGUGGACAAGGCCUUACAGAGUCCAAAUGGACACCUGGACUUGUUCCUCCGCUUCCUCCUGGGUCUUUCUCUGCAGACCAAUCAGAGUCUCCUUAGCGGUCUGCUGACACAGACAGGAAGUAGCUCACAGACCAAUCAGGAAACAGUGGAGUACAUCAAGAACAAGAUCAAUGAGGAUCUGUCUGCAGAGAGAAGCAUCAAUCUGUUCCACUGUCUGAACGAACUGAAUGAUCGUUCUCUAGUGGAGCAGAUCCAACAGUACCUGAGUUCAGGAAGUCUUUUCAGAUAUAAACUGUCUCCUGCUCAGUGGUCCGCUCUGGUCUUCAUCUUACUGUCAUCAGAGAAAGAUCUGGAUGUGUUUGACCUCAAGAAAUAUUCUGCUUCAGAGGAGGCUCUUCUGAUGCUGCUGCCAGUGGUCAAAGCCUCCAAAAAAGCUAUACUGAUUCACUGUAACCUGUCAGAGAGAAGCUGUGAAGCUCUGUCAUCAGUUUUCAGCGCAGAGUCCUCUAGUCUGAAAGAGCUGGACCUGAGUAACAACGACCUGAAGGAUUCAGGAGUUGAGCAACUGUCUGCUGGACUAAAGAGUCCACACUGUAAUCUGGAGAGUCUCAGACUGAGUAACUGUAACAUCUCAGAGAGAAGCUGUGAAGCUCUGUCCUCAGUUCUCAGCUCUGAGUCUUCUAGUCUGAGACAGCUGGACCUGAGUAACAACGACCUACAGGAUUCAGGAGGGAAGCUGGUCUUUGCUGGAGUAAAGAGUCCACAUUGUAAACUGGAGACUCUCAGUCUGUCAGGCUGUCUGAUCUCAGAGGAAGGCUGUUCUUCUCUAGUCUCAGCUCUGAGCUCCAACCCCUCCCAUCUGAGAAAGCUGGACCUGAGCUACAAUAAUCCAGGAGACUCAGGAGUGAAGCUGCUGUCUGCUGGACUGGAGGAUCCAAACUGGAGACUGGAGACUCUCAGGGUGGAGCCUGCUGGAGUCCAAUGGUUGAAACCAGGUCUGAGGAAGUAUUCCUGUGAACUCACAGUUGACACAAACACAGUGAGCAGAAAACUCAAACUGUCUGACAACAACAGGACGGUGACAUUUGUGAGAGAGGAUCAGCAGCCAUAUGAUGAUAAUCCAGAGAGGUUUUCCUGUCCUCAGCUGCUGUGUAGAGAAGGUCUGACUGGUCGCUGUUACUGGGAGGUCGAGAGGAGAAGAGAGGUUCAUGUAGCAGUGUGUUACAGAGGAAUCACGAGAAGAGUCAGUGAUGAAAGUGUGUUUGGAUGGGACGAUCAGUCCUGGAGACUGAGCUGCUCUGAAGGUCGUUACUCUGUCUGUCACAAUGACACAAGAUCAGGCCUCCCUCUCUCCUCCUCCUCUAACAGAGUAGCAGUGUAUGUGGACUGUCCUGCUGGCUCUCUGUCCUUCUACACAGUCUCCUCUGACUCACUGAUCCACCUCUAUACCUUCAACACCACAUUCACUGAACCUCUUUAUCCUGGGUUUGGGUUUGGGGCUGGUUCCUCAAUGUCUCUGUGUUCUCUGGAGGAUGAAAAUUAUCCUCAGAGAAACUGAUUAGAUUAGAUUCAACUUUAUUGUCAUUGUGCAGAGUACAAGUACAGAGACAACGAAAUGCAGCUUGCGUCCAACCAGAAGUGCAAAAAGAGCAGAAAAGUGCAGUGUGAUAUACAAAGUAUAGACAGCUGGUGCAUAGACAGGACAAGAAAUACAGUGCAGUGUUAUAAGAGCAGAAUAAAUAUGGCUAUGUAAUAUGAACAAUGUAAUGUAUGUACAGUGUAGUAGUAGUGAGAAUAAUAUAGAUAUUUCAUGUGUCGGCUUGAUGGGUCACAAAAUGAAAUAAUAAUGGGCUUAACAGACAUACGUCUAAGCACUACACGCUACCAAUCCCGUAUGUGAAAACACUGGUAUAAUUGUCUCCUGGUAGAACAAUAAUUUUCUUUUUAAAUUUGUUUUUAUAUUUAUUACAUGUGUAGGUAGGUGUGUAUGCAUGUGCG